AUGGUUCACCUGUCGCUCUCCCCGGACCUUCCCUGGGAGGAGCAGGUACAGGAGGCCGAGAGGAGCAGCAUGAGGAGUGGGCAGAGCUCGCCCUCCCCCCGGCUCCGGGAGCGGGAGCGGGGCAGCCCGAGCCCCAGCGCGGCCCCCACUGCCCUCAGCCCUUAUUACUUGGCUUACGAGACCUACAUCGAUAACGGUAUGAUCUGCCUCAAGCACAAAAUCCGCAACAUAGAGAAGAGAAAGGGAAAAUUGGACGACUAUAAAACACGUCUACAGCGAGGAGAGGAGCUGAACCAGGACCAGUUGGAGGCAGUUCACAAGUAUGAUGAAGUGGUUCACAACCUGGAAUUUGCCAAGGAACUGCAGAAAACCUUUGCGGUGCUCAACCAAGAUCUGCUGAAAGUGCAGAGAAAAUCUGUGAAACGUGAACAGCUUCUGAAAACCGAAGCUGAGAAGAAGCGCUUGUGUGCAGUGCUACACGUUCGGUACAUAUUGCUGCACUUUAGCCAGGAGCACGUUCAGAAGGACUUCAGAGAAGGCUUCAAUGGGGCAUUAGUCCUUCCCCGCAAAGAAAUUGGAUACCUUAAGGAGUUCUGCAAAAUUGUAUACCCUGAAAGGAAUCAACAGAUAAGCCUGGAAGAUCAAAUGGAUUUGGUUUCGUGUCACCUCUGGGACCUGCUGGAAGGAGUUGAGAAGACAGUGGCUGGUACCACCUAUAAACAACUGAAGGUCGUCAUCAAAAGGCUGAUGGUUUGCAGCUACUUUAACAGUGUCCCUGUCCCUCAUAAUGGGCUACAGGAGGAGGAAGAGGAGCAGCUGAUAAGACCACUGAAAGUCCUGACAUCCACACCAAAACCACCGCCCAUGAAGGAGUCUGAAUCUGAUUUGCAUUUUUUGUGCAGUGAGAUGCAGCCAAGAGAGUUUGUGAACAGGCAAUAUGCAAAUAAAGUGGAAAGUGCCGUCAAGCAACCAGAGAAGCCGAAGAACUGGGAAGCAGACCGGAAGGUCAGUACCCUGACAGAGUCGGUCAAAAAGAGGGAUGCCGAGUGCGGCAGGAUGCCCGAAGCAGAACUCCCAAAAACAUGGGAGGCAGAGCAUGUCUUUCAGAAGCUGGAAAAGCCCAAAAAAUGGGAGCCUGAGCUGCUCAACCAAAGACAUCAGGAAGAGCCCAAAAAAUGGGAUGUACAAUACACAAUUCUGCAGGAGGGGCCACCGCCCAGUGCGAUCGUUCCUAAGGAAGUGGCUGAGCCAAAGAAGUCACUGACAGAACCCAAAGAGAAAUGGGACCGCAGAUCAAAACAUGAGCCUGAAGCGAAACAGGUGACCAGGGCCACACACCAGGCAACAGCAGAGUUCUGCUCUGGCUCCUCACUCCCCAAAGAUCCUGAACUCCGGAAACAAAAGCUGCAGGACCUAAUGUCACAGAUACAAGGAACCUGUAACUUCAUGCAGGAUUCUAUGCUGGACUCUCUGUUGGAAUCAGAUGUCUCUUUAAAAGAUGCUGUUGCAGCCCCCAAGUGUGCAGUGCUGUCACUCCAGGGAUCAGAAGCUCCCAAAGAACCAAAGCAGCAAAACAAGAUUGACGUUGUGCCCUCAUCCCCUAAGCCUGUUGAUGUGGAAACCCAUACUCUCUCCGCUCUUGCUGAUAACUCUACUUCUGAUGACCAUGUUUCCUCUUCUGGUUCCGUAACUGAUCUUUCAGUAAAGCGUAUUGUUCAGAGUAACUCGGAGAGUGAGGCUUGUAGUCCCCACCAGCAGAUGUUUCCAGCCACCUCACCCAAGAUGGAACCUUCAACAUCAAAGCCCUUGGAGACUAACCGGGUUUCUCCUACACGCAACCGGACUCCAAGCCCAACAAUGCCCCUGACACCCAAGGCGUUGGACUUCCAGGAUCCAGUCUGCAGCCCACCAGCAAACCGGAAAACCACACCCUUUCAGUCCAUGCACACUGUUUUCAACGUGAAUGCUCCGCUUCCACCAAGAACUGACCAAGAAGUGACUUAUAACCAAAGCGUAACCACGUCCAGCACUCAAACUCCACCUCAGUCCAUUUCUCUGCAGUCUCCAUUUGUAGAACAAAAUGCGAUUGCACAAGACACCUCAACAGAAGAGACCACCAUUUCCAAUGGGGGCCACGUGUAUCCACCCCACGGACAGGUGAACCAGCCCUAUCUCCGAGCAAGCCAGCCAUAUUUUGGGGUUCGGGGGGCUCCUCGCGGAGUGUCGCGGGGCAGCCGAGGCAUCCCCAGUGCAUACCGCAGCCCCAGCAACGGAUACAAAGGAUUCGAUGGUUACCGAGCAGUUCAGGUUACUGGCAAUGGGAUAUAUGGACCUUUACCGAACCGAGAUUAUCCUGGAAUUCAGUAUACUCAGCGGGAGUCUGGUUAUCCCAACUACAAGCGAGUCAUAGCUGGUGGCCCUCGCACUGCGAGAGGAGGUACCAAUUACUCCACUGGGUGGAGUGACUCUUCUCAAAUGAGCAGCCCAGAGAGAGACGACGAGACGUUUGCCAGCGGAGAUUCAGGGCAGGGAGAUUCUCGCAGCCUGACUCCUGUGGACCUGCCGGUCACCAGCCAAACUGCCACCAUCCUGCCAGUGCAUGUGUACCCUCUGCCCCAGCAGAUGAGGGUGGCCUUCUCCACUGCCAGGACCUCCAACUUUGCCCCAGGCUCCCUGGACCAGCCCAUCGUCUUCGAUCUGCUGCUCAACAACCUGGGAGAAACGUUUGACUUUCAGUUGGGAAGGUUUUCCUGCCCGGUCAACGGUACGUAUGUCUUUAUCUUCCACAUGCUCAAGCUGGCUGUCAAUGUGCCUCUGUAUGUCAACCUGAUGAAGAACGAAGAGGUGCUGGUCUCGGCCUACGCCAAUGAUGGCGCUCCUGAUCAUGAGACAGCCAGCAACCACGCAGUAUUACAGCUAUUUCGAGGAGACCAGAUCUGGUUGCGGCUGCACCGAGGAGCCAUCUACGGCAGCAGCUGGAAGUACUCUACCUUCUCAGGCUAUCUCUUGUAUCAGGACUGAAUGGGCCUCCAGCAGCCAGCCAAAUGCUUUGAUCACUGUUAAGGGUUAUAUGUUGGCGUGAAGCAAGUUUCUAGAUGUAACUGUCGCUCUGUCAAUGUUUUUCUGGAAGUUUUGUUUUGGGGUGGGGGGGGUUCUGCACUGAUGGGGCACUUUAACCUGAGAUGCCUUGCUGGUAGAGCUGUGAAUCUAUUUUGUUACAGAAUGUUGUAUCUUGCACUUGAUGGCCUGAUUCUAUUUUGAUUUCUUCCCAACACAGUAUCUAUUUACGAUGCCUUUUGGUGCCUCAAUAAAUUGGUUUUGC